AAGCGCUAUAGCAAAGUCUUUUCGAUUAACAAUAUAUACAGCACUAAUAAAAGUCAAUAUCCUCUUCUUAUAGUAACUACAACCACUAGGCUUAAUAUAGUUGCUAACCUAGCGUUUAGGCUUAUCAAUGACAAGAAAAGAGAGUCUUUUGACUUCUUUAUAGACAGCUUAAACCAAAUGCAAGCUAAGAUCAACACUCUAGUCUCUUAUAUGGUAAUAACUGACUAA